AUGGUGGGUAGUGGCAGCGCCACGGCCGUGAUUGCGAACACUGCGGCCGCGGGAGGAGAGAGCGUAAAUCCUCAAGCCGUGACGCAAGGGCGAGUCAAUAACCGACACGGGUCGCACCCGGUGGACGGGAGGCGCCCCCUCUCCAACACACAUGGCGCAGCUUUGAUCCGAAAGCGCAUCGCCGCCGUCGGCGCUCCGUCGCCACCUUGA